AUGUAUACAUCCUUAUGUAUAUUAAAAUGGUUGAAAGAGUGCGUCGAACGGCGUGUGGCAAGAAGGCAGCUGAGAGAUGCUCAAAACCCUUUUCACAUCCCACGAGAUGAAUUCAUUGACUAUUUUCGCCUUACUCCUGAACUGGUGUUGAUAGCCAUACAAUUUUAUGCGCAAGGCAGCUAUCAAAGAAGCGUUGGCAAUCAAUUCCAAUGGAUUGUUAGCCAAUCAACAACAAGCCGUUGCCUCCAUGCCGUAACUGAAGCGAUUAAUCGGCGCUUGCUGCGUAGAUGGGUAAAAUUCCCGAUGACCGAAGAAGAUCGACAGCAAGCGCGUGCAAAAUUCUCCGCUGCUAUUUACCCAUUCGAAGGUGCUAUCGCUGCUAUAGACUGUACUUUUAUUCAUAUUAUAGCCCCUCAUGAAAAUGAAGAGGCGUUCAUUAAUCAUCACGGUCACCAUUCUUUGAAUGUGCAAGCGAUUGUUGAUCCAGAUGAAGCUGCUUAACAUCAAUCCACGAUAUCCAGGUGCACGAAACGACUCAUACAUCUGGAGUACAUCACCAAUUCGUCGAGCAAUGGAAUUUCAUUAUAAUCGAGGAGAACGGAAAACUUGGCUGAUCGGCGAUGCUGGAUACCCUUUGGAACCGUGGCUCAUGACACCAUUGGUCGAUUUUCCUGAAAAUACCCGACAAUUUCAUUAUACGCAACAGCUCUGUAAGGCAAGAAACGUUGUUGAACGUUUUUUUGGUGUCUUCAAAUCUGUAUGGAGAUGUCUUUCCUAUCAGCGUGUACUGAUGUAUAGGCCAGCAUUUGCUGCAAAAAUAGUUAAUGCAUGUGCAGUACUGCAUAA